AUGGAAGACGAACCUUUCUUGCCCACACCCAAGGAUCGUCUCAAGGCGGACAUUACAGAUCUACGUCUUCGAUUGAACAGAGCUCUGGAGGAGCAACGGCAGUUGAAAUGCUCACUCAUGGAAGAGAAAAUCGCUCACGUCAUUACCGCCAAGUUUUCCGAAGAAAUCAAAGAUGCAACACGUCAUAAAGCUUCGCAAAUGAAAACGGUGCAACAAGAGAUCCUGCAGCAAUUGAUGACAGCGACCGAGGCCCGUUGCGUGCAAGAAAUGAUUGGUUAUUACCGCCUCAGCGGUCGAACCACCUUUACCUUUCAAGAAAACUAUACGGGGGUUCGGCUCGAAACCUUUUAUGGACGAACUUACCGCGAGCGUUAUUACCUACUUUUACGUUCAAAGUCGGACAGCGAGCCGAUGGUCAUUGAAAAACAUACUAUUCCGCAUUUUAUCCCACUCGAUCGUAUGGCCAAGCUUUUCCUGCCCCAUGAUCUUGAUACAUUACUACGUAUUUUACACGAUUUCUUGCUGGCGUAUGUAUCAAGGCGAGAGCAGAUCGAAGAACUCAAACGCUUUACCUACAAUCGCCCGGAAAUCCAGCACAUUGCCUCACAUCACAUUGCCAAAAAUAAUGUCGAAAUCCUUCACCGAGAUCUGCGCAUUCAGCUGCGGUACACUAAUCUCGCUUCCAAUUAUCCUACCCAAGUCCUCAUCACACCUCUAACGCCAACCUCUUCCUCCCACGACAUUGACCACAUCCGAUCCUUGUUCUCGUUCCAGAAAUUGUUAACCGCCUAUCAAGAAGCCUUUGUCUCCUAG